CCAAUCAGAAAUCCCCUCAGGCGUUUAAAGGGAUGGUGGGCAGUCUCUGAGCGACUUAUUUUACAACCUGCGCAUAUUCUCUCGUCUUGACCUCCCACGGACAAUCAAACAGAGCCGAGUGUUCGGAUGACUAACAGCCCGUUUCGCCUGACUCGGCAUGGCUCUGUCCUGAGUGGCGCUUUUCUUCUUUUUCCUCCAUGAGAGCUGCUGCUGCUGGAUGCUACUCGCCCUCCCCCCGCCGCACUUGUUGCGCAGAGACUAGAUGCGCUGCUGAGUCCUUGGAGAGGAGAGGCAGGGACGGACGGCAACAGGUGCACACAGAGAAUCUUCCCUAAAAAAGCUGCACCGCAGAUAAAACGCAACUUUAAAUGCCGAUUUGAAGAUCUUUUGUCCGUCUUCAGCCUUCCCCGCGCGCACAAAACCAGGAUGCCGGUUCUGACGAGCCCCGACAUUGCCAACAAGUUUAAUGAGAAAUGGCUGUUGGUUUAUCCCGAAGAACAGGUCACCGGGUCCGAUUCUGUCCCCAUGGACGACAGCCUCACUAGCCUCCACUGGCUGCAGAAUUUCUCCAUCCUCAACGCGGACCCGGAGCGACCCAACGGAGCUGGUCCGGGCUGCCCAUCCUCCCAGCAGCACCUGUAUCUCAAGAGGCUCGGCUUCCCCAGAGGUGGCACCGAGUCUCCGUCGAGCCCGCCGGCCGGGGACACCGCCGCCACCGGGAUGCCUCUGUACCUCGGGAGCCCCGUCACCUCUGGCAGCGAGUCCACUGCGGAGCCGCUGUUCGCCAACUGCGCACAUCCAGUCAACGGCUACGUCCAGAUCCCCAUCCAGGCCAGCCCGCCCGUGGAAGUCGACUACAAAAGCAACCCUAAAGUCAAACCGCCCUAUUCCUACGCUUCUCUCAUCUGCAUGGCCAUGCAGGCCAGCAAGCAGCCCAAAGUGACUCUGUCCACCAUCUACAACUGGAUAACGGAGAAUUUCUGCUACUACAGACACGCGGAGCCCAGCUGGCAGAACUCGAUUCGUCACAACCUGUCCCUCAACAAGUGUUUCAGGAAGGUCCCCAGACAGAAAGACGAGCCAGGGAAGGGAGGCUUCUGGCAGAUCGAUCCACAGUAUGCAGACAUGUUUGUCAAUGGCAUCUUCAAACGCAGGAGGAUGUCUGCUAACAGCUACAACAACAGCAGCAGCAGUGGCACCCACAGGCCGAGCAAACUGGUUCAGGGUUAUCACAGCACCCAAAAUGGCUGCCCUUACCAAGGGCUGGGCGGCAAACGGAAGCACCUGCCCUCUAAGAACAGCAGCAAGGCAAUGAGGGCGAGUGAGUCACCUCUUUUAGCUACAGAGGCCCACAAAGCAGACAUCCUGAGGGGGGACUUUGACCUCGCGUCCGUGUUUGACGACGUUCUCAGCGGGAACUGUAGCACCUUCGAGGAUUUGGACAUCAACACGGCGCUGAGCUCCCUGGGCUGCGAGAUGGAGGUUUCCAUGCAGGGGAGGCAACAGUCGGCGGGGCUGGGGAGGUGGUGCGGCGGAGGGGACGUCAUGGGUCAGAGCGAGCACCUGAACCACCACCAAUCCUACGGUUACAUGGAUUGCACGCUCAGUAUGGGAGAGCUCCAAGUGCCGCCACCACAGCAGCAUCCGCAGCAGCUGGACCAGGAUCAGCUGCUCCAAAGCCACCACCACCACCACCACCACCUGCAGCAGUUCGACGAGGCCUCCGCACUCUUCCCGGAGCAGCCCGAGGAGGCGGUGCUGCAGCCUUGGGAGGAGAUCAAAGAAGAGGCGCAGGCGAUUCCUCUGACUCUGGAUCAAGGCUUCAGCCUAUGCGAGAGCUUCUUCACAGAGAUGCAGCCGUGGGAACGAGUGGAGGCCUAUCUGUGACCUUUGACCCCAAACGUCAUUGACUCCUUAUUAUCUACUCCCAAUGCCCUGAUGUCAAUCAUGUCUGAUUACUGAUCCAAUAUAACCCCCAAAGAGAUUACCACCAGUUAGAAACACAGCCCAGCGGCAUCUGCAUCCAAUCAUUCUGCAAUACACUGCAUCUGUAAUUUAUUUACUUGUACUUUUGUUUAGAAACUAAAAUGAUAAAGUCGAAUCUAUCUUACACUGUGAACCCAGAUAACAAAGAUUUCCCUAUCAAAAGACAUUGAUCUGACUAUAAAGCUGGUUGGACAACUUGAUUGGGGAUUAUUCCCUGGCAUAUAAUCCCAUUUCUUCAUAAAUGUGUCAGGAGAUUGACAGCAAUGUGUAACACGACACAACACUGAUGUAUCAGGCACAACGACAUGACAACAGAGAAACAUUUAUGAACCCAAUUAAAGUUUCACGUGGACUGGGGAGGAUUAUCGCACUCUGUAGAAUGUAUGGCAGCAAAUGUAUUUAUCAGAAGGAAGAAAAAUGACGUGACUGCGUGCAGAAAACCGGACAAAUUCAUUCUUUAAGUUGGAUUUUCUGAAACUAUAACAGCUCGUACGUCGGGCAGCGGGUGAAAAGAGAAUGUGUUCAUAUGAACUGGACUGAACUGCAGCUAUUUGUCGCUCCAGGUGGAAUGAUGACAGGAGAAAAGUGAAUUAAAUCCCAUUACCCUGCUUCAAAGCACUCUUCACAAACAUGCACUGUCACUACGGGACUGAGACAACAUGAAGGAUUCUAAUUUGCUACAUUAGCAUUACACAUUUUUUUACUAACAUGCAGCGAAAUCAGCCUCUUAUCAAGUUAUCAGAGCAGGAGGGAUACUGUAAACUUAUAGUCUAAUAUAAUAAAAUCAGUCAUUAUAGCUUUGCUAUACCAAUUUAAUAUAUAUAUAUUUAUAUAUAUAUAUAUAUAUAUAUAUUUGUUAAAGUAUAUAGCAUGAAGCUAGGCAGGAAUAUAUGCCAUUUGUCUACAGUUAUGAGAGGAGCAGACCUAAAAAAUUGAUCAACUUUCUGUCAGUCACGAAAAUCAAACAUUAUGCACUUUGAUAGGCAGCCGUUUAAGGAAAGCAGGAAAGCUUUUAUUUCCAGGAUGUUUAGUUUAAUUUUUUUGUAUCGUAUUAAAAUGGUGUUUUCUAAAAGUUUACUGACCAUAAUGAAAGUGAUGCAUAUGCUGUGAUUGUCCACAUCAGUUUGUGUUAACAAUGAACUCAACACUGCAAUAAGUCCACUGGUCAAGUUUUUUAGUUGAUUUGUGUUGCUUAAAAAUACUGUUUUCUGUACAAACACAAAAAACAGGGCAUUUGUUGAUUAUAUUUCGCCAAAUUUGUCAAUAAGGAAUAUGCAGUUUAUUGGUGUCUCUGUGUUGAUUAAUGAUAAAAUAAGAGAGUUCUGUUUUCUGUCACUGGGUGAUGGAUUUGUCCUUAUUGAUUGCGUUGGUCUACAUCUUUUUUAUUUGUAUAGGUUGUUUUAGCAAAUCUUGAAUUCCAAAAUGUGUCUGAGAAUAUAAUAACUGUUGGUUUGAGGAGACAAAUGAUGAGCAGAUACAUAUACAUACAACGCUUAAAAGGCCAGAUUUUCUUAUUGUAUCAUAUUGAUCAAGUUGGAUACGAGCUCUUUAAUCCUACCAUGUUCUUUUCAUUUGUACUUUUUUAUGCUGUUUAAAAUGCAAUCAUGCCUUGAUGCAAUAAAUGGUGUCAAUUAAAGAAAGAA